GUUCCUCACCUUUGUUUAUGCCGGUACUUCUAAUGUUUCCCGACUUGAUCUUUGGCACAAGCUUUCUGUGAUGGGUUCUUCCAUCAAUCAUGAGUGGAUGGGGAGGGGGGUUACAGAUAAUAUUAUGCUAGCUCAGGAGCUUAUUCUUGAUAUUGAUAAAAAAUGUAGAGGAGGCAAUAUGGUUACUAAACUGGACAUUCGCAAGACUUAUGAUUCUGUUAGCUGGGAGUUUAUUUUGAAUAUUCUUAAAGCCCGUGUUUUUUUCUCAGGACUUUUGAAAAAUGAGUCCUUAUGGGCCAAUUUCAUGCAUGGGAAAUAUUGUUGCUUCUCUCAUCCUGCUUUCAUCACUUGGAGGCUUGGUAACUCCAUCAUGUGGAAGAGACUGCUUUUGGUUAGAGACUGGGCGAAGAAUUUCAUAUUUUGGGACGUGGGUUCUGGAAAUCUCUCCUUCUGGCAUGACUGUUGGUCACAUGUCUCUCUUCAUUUGAGGGAUACUACGUUUUCAAAUCUCAAAGUGUCCGACACUUGGGUGGAUGGCCAUUGGAAUCUUCCUCUUCGUACUACUUUAUUGGGGAUGGAGGGAGCCACCUACAUUUCCAACAUUCCUAUUGAUCCUCAUAUGCGUGAUACUCCUGUGUUGAAAUUACCCUUGGCUAGCUCUAUUACCAAAUCUAUUUAUGUUUCUCGAUAUAGCUUUCAUAACACCCCUUGGGGUCAAGAUGUGUGGAGUUGGGCUUUAACUCCGUCAAUGUCUUUUUUGGCUUGGCGCAUAUUUCGCUUAACUUUACCUUGCGAUGACAUCCUGAAGAUGAAAGGUUUGAGAAUUGUCUCCCACUGUUGCUUGUGUAAUUCGGUGGAGGAAACUCUUGAGCAUAUCUUCUUUUUGUGCCCUUGUUCUUUAUAUGUUUGGAAAAUGGCCGGUUUGUGGUUUGGUAACAUUAUUACUCAGGCGAGGAACCUCUUGCUUACCUCUUUGAGGUACAAUUCAGAACGUAAGAGGAAACACUUUUGGCAAAUCUAUCCUUAUAUUAUUUGUUGGUUCAUAUGGAUGGCAAGGAAUGACAUUAUUCAUGAAGAAAAGGUGAUUCAUAAUACUAUGGUUUUCUCAAAUAUUAUCCCUUACAUUAAUAAAUUAUGGAGAUUGGGGAAUUCCAAAAAUGGUUUCUUUUUGGGCAUCAAUUAUUUUCUUGCUUUGGGACAUACGAAUUUGGAAGGGAGGAGGUCCCUUCAUCCUCCUAUUUUAGUGAAAUGGUCUCCACCUCCUACAGGUUUGUUUAAAAUUAAUACAGAUGGAAGUUGGAAUGUCUCUGAAGCUGGUUGUGGGGGCAUUAUUAGGAAUUUUGUGGGGGACUGCAUUCUUUUUUUCUCCUCUCCUUCUAAUGCGGAUUAUCCUAUAGAGGUGGAAGCUCGGGCUAUUUUAAACGGUGCUAUUUUGGCUCACUAUUUAAGUUGGAGGAACAUCAUUUUUGAAUGUGAUAAUCGUACCUUAAUUGACAUUUUAGAUAAAGGUGUCGAUGCCCCUUGGGAUAUUCUUUAUCAUAUUAGAAGGAUUAAAGGGUUACUAUCCAAUGUGAAUGUUAUUUGGAGUUUCAAUUACCUGGACGACAAUCAACCCGCUAAUUGGAUCGCUAAAUUAGGAAGUUCCGCUCAAACUUAUAGAGUGGGAUCUACUCCCCCUCCUCCUUUAAAUACUCUCUUGGUUGGUGAUAAUAUUGAUGUUCCUUAUAUUCGCAGGGUUGCUUCUUUUUAA